GUUUAGUGACACAGGACUGUACAGUAGAUCAGCCUCCAUACAGUAUAUUGAAUCAUGCUGGACAUGGAGCACUUUAUUCAUCAGUGAGACCAUCACUAAAGGAAAAUAUGGUUUUCUUUGCAGCAAAACUGCACAGCUACACUGUGUGGCGACACAGUUUCAUAAAAUGUCAGAGGACAGACACACAGAUGCACGCACACACCCCGUUGAACCCCGUCUACAUAUCAUGUGUGUUUGUGGUGUAGAGAAAGGGGGAGAGUGUGGAUGUGAAGGCUCUGAGGGCCAGGUUCAACAAGCCCAGCACCUCAGACACCAGCAUCCGAGACAGCGAUUCUCCAAAAUCUCCACAACUCGGCAUCAGUAGACUGGUCCUGCCUCUGACAGAAAGCAACCUGGCGCACCACAGACUGUCUCCUACGGUUCCUCCUCCUCCCCUGGCUAGUCCAGGCCUUGUGAGGUUCCCAAUCAGGGCAGAACUGAUGGCGGCAUCCAGACCUCCCCUACCGCGACCGUCUCCCAAUCCUGGAGUCAGAGCAUCCCCCCAGUCGGUAGACCACAGCAAGGUUAAGCUGAAGGGGGAGAUGCUACAGAACAUGAUGCUGAGGCACCAGAGGCCUCCAGUCCCCAAACAAGCCCCAGCUCACAUCACCACCCCUCUACCCCUCCGACAGCAACCCCGACAGAGGAGCGCAGGGGAUGUGACCCCACUGAAGAGGCCCCUGCCUCCUGAAGGACCACUGCCCUUGAAACCCAAACGGCCUCCCAAUGUCAACCUGGAGCUCUUCUUGAGGCUCAACCGAGGACCUGCCCUUCUGGUUCCAAAAAAGAGUGAUGCAUGUUCCCCGGGCUCAGCAGGCAGGAAGAUGUCUUUACCUGCCGUCCUCAGUCCUCCGAAACCGCCACAACGAUGCAACAAACCCAGGCUGCCGCACCAAAUGGCCUCCAUGGAUAUUGAGGAUAACCAGGACUUCUAUGAUGACAUUGGCAGCUUUGAGAAGAACGAGUCCUUGAGCGACAACAGUUCACAGUGUGUGGACGAGGAAAAUGAUGACGUGUAUGAAUUUAUAGAUGAGGAUCAGGUGGACUCAAACCGGUUAAAUACUGAGAAGCAAAACAAAAAAGAUGUAAAGAAGCUGCAAGAGCAGGAGAAGAGAGAUCAGAUGGAGCGUCAGAAGAGAGAAAAUUACUUGAGGAAGAACUUUCAGUUACAAGGGGUGGAGGAAGUCCUUCAUACAGCCAGAGUCAGACAUGACUGGCAAGGAGUAGGAAAACUGGACCUUAGCGUAAGGCAAGGAGAGAGCGUGGAGAUUGUUCGAGUGGAGAACAACCCACGAGGCAAAUGGUUGGCUAAGUCUGUUAACGGAAAAUACGGAUACAUCAGUAACACAUGUGUGGAUGUUGACUAUGAAGCAGUAAAGCGCAAACAGCUCCAGUCCAGAAUGAUAGAAACAUCACCUUUGCCUCCACCACCUCCUGACCCCUUGCUGAUGUUAAAUGUGGAGCCUAGUAGAGACAGCAUGCUUGUGGAUGAUGACGACUAUGAUGAUGUUCAACCAUUAAUUGAGGAUUUCCCACCACCACCGCCUGAAAUCAGCAUCGAUCCUAAAUUGGAAAAGGAGCUAAGAAAGAAAUUUAAGUAUGAAGGGCCUACCAGAGUGCUCCACACCAUGAUGGUGAAUCCUAAUGGUACCAUUAAGAAGCCAGGGGCAAAGGAUCUGCACGUGAGUCAAGGAGAAGUUGUGGACGUCAUCCAGCUCACCAACAGCAAGAAAGCUUUGUGUUGUAACCGGUUUGGAAAAUAUGGUUAUGUGUCCAGAGAUCUUCUUAUUCAAAUGGAAGGAGACAUUUACGACGAUGUUGACUAUCCAUGUGGUGAGUUAUCUUUGGACGUCUACGACAACGACUCUCCAAACUGAUUACUGAAACCUGAAAACUAAAGAAACACUCACGCAGUAAGAGAGAGGGAUAGAGAUAUAAGGGGCGGGAGAGGCCAAUGAGAAAAAACAAUGUGAAAACUUAAACUAUAUAAAACUAUAACUUACAACAUUUACAUUUUUGAUGUAGGAAUGUUGCAUUCAAUUAAACAGGAUUCAAUUGAGAGAAUUUGUAUACCACAAAAUUGUAUAAAACUACACACACACACACACACACACACACACACACACACACACACACACACACACACACACACACACACACACACACACACACACACACACACACACACUCAUGCACUGUGCUAUGAAUGAUAAACAUGUCAUCAAUCCAUUGUUUGCCAAUCUGCUUGUAUAGAAAGUGAAUACACUAUUAAUAGCUUUGUGUAUUGCCCGAAUUCUGGGAUAAUUUAAAAAUUAAUGACGUACCUUUUUUACUGUUAGUUAACUGUCUUUUCGUUUAAAUAUUUCCUCUUUCUUUGAAUAAAAAAGAAAAUGCCUAGAC